AUGGCUCCACGCGCCACUGAAGGGAACCUUGCCGUUUCCCAGAGGACCACCCGCUCCACUACGAGCGCUCAACGUCCUGCACUUAAAGACCUCACGAAUACCCGUCCGGGUCCACACGGCGACGAGACCACGCCCGCUUGCCGAGGUCUUGCGGUUAAGCUUGUGAAGAAGAAGGUAGACGACUCGGAGCCUGAAGAUGAGCUACCGAUACGCCCUCUCGACCCAAAAGAUUACAACAAGGAUUACAAGCUGGCCCAGCUCCGAGCCUUGUGUGAUCGCGACGGCAUCGCAUAUCCCAAGUCCACUACAAAGCGUAACGUCAUCGACCGCAUCGUGUCGUUCGACCUUCAGAACAAGGUGGGCGACUGGGACACUGAUUGUACGCUUGAUUCCUACGAUCCUUUUGCGGACGACAAUAGCGAUGGUGAAUCAGAUAUCCGGGCUGGUAGCAAUGCGCAAUCCGAAGUCUCCGAAGACAAGCAGAAAGGCGGGAAGAGUCCGUCUGAGUCCAGGGACCCGGACUGGGCACAGCUCAAAGUGCUCAGAAAAAUAUUCUACAACAAGUUUAACAGCGCUGUCGAUGUGAAGGAUUCUGGCCUUCUGAUCAAUCUCGUGGAAUGCGCAUGCCAGUUGGGACGCUCUGAAUCCCGGGCCUAUGACAAGAAGAAGGCGAGUGAUUUCCACUAUCUGUAUACUCGACUAGUGGAUAAGUAUAAGAGAUAUGUUGGAGACUCAAGGCACCACAGAAUCCCUGGCGAUAUGAAGUUUAUGCUUGAGUUCCUCAAGUACUACUACGAGCUCAAGCCAGAGCGCAAUAGCCAAGACUUCGCUGUCUUCAGUCACACAUACGCCGAACAGCAACGUCGACAGGCUAGCCGGUCAGCCUCGGCCGAGAAGAGCCUUGCCGAAGAAGACAACGAUAAUGGAGGUGUGCUCAAUGAACCCAAAAAAGACAGCGCCGCUGAGAACAACACUAGAAGAUAUGAGCAGAGGGACUUCGAGGAUCUCAAAGAAGAGCUCGGCAAGAAGGUUAUUGGUCUUGGUAAUGAUGUGGCUGUUCUGACUUCGCUGUUGAAAUUCUGUCACGAGACACGACCGACGAAAAACAUGGGCACGCAUUUCACGUCUCGCAAUGCGGCCUGGUUGAAGCGUCUUGUUCAGCAGAAGUGUGCAAAGCAUACCGGCGGCACGGCACGAGAUAAAGACUUCGCUGCUGCGCUUCUCUAUUUCUUUGACACAAUCAAUGUCGAGGUCCACGUCGGGGAUGAUAGAAGCACAAGGGCCCAUCCUAGUAAUAUUGCUCCACAAGCUGAGACGGUUGAAGAAAGGACUACCUCGAUGAGUAUUUCGCGUGUCGAAGCUCCUGAGGAUGUUCCGGUCAAGAAGACGAAGAGUCCCGCCACCACCGAGAUCGCUGGGUCCGCACGGAGCGAGGUCAGCUUCGAAGGCAAGAAAGAGUACCAGGGCCUUAUCACCAAAGGAGUCCAAACAUCCAGCAAGAAGACUGCCAACUCCGAUCGAGAAGACUUCGCCAAAAUUGAGUUCAGUGUUCUCAGAAAAGACAUCAAGCAAAGGAUCACAGCACAUUUACAUGACACCGCUUUCAUUGCCAAGCUCUGGCGAAUCUGCUACAGGCUCCGACCUUUGAAAACGGGUCAAUUGCCAGAAUUCUAUUCUCGUGACCCUGAGUAUGUCGUAGGUGGAUUCAGUCAAAAGUUCCACGAACACGUCGAGACUGCCCAGAAGAGAGUUGAUGGAGACAAGGACCUCAUAGUUGAGCUCCUCAUCGCCUUCGAUGCUCUAAGGUCCGAGGCUCGCCACAAAGAGCACGUCGUCUCUGGUGUUGAGAAGGGAUCCUCCGAAAAGACUGAAGCGGAGAGGACCAAGGAUGAGAAGGCGCAAGAGCCGCAAGGAGUCGUAAAGAGAAAACUGACAGGGGAUAAGCCGUGCGAGAAAAGGAUCAAAACUAGCGGUGUAAGUGUGGCCAAGAACAAGUCUACUGCAUCAGCACUGCCGCCAUCUCGUCCAACGACAACUCCCACCGUCGCGUCCAGGAAGCGUAGUCGUGGUGAGGAUGAAGUCCAGCAGAGAAAGAAGGAACAUGAAGUUAAGAAGGCUCGGCCCACCAUCGGACUCAAUAAACCAACAAAGCGCACGCGCGAUGAGGGUGAGAAAGAGAGAGAAAGCAAGGAACCCACGGCAAAGAAGCUCCGCACCACUGCCCAACGCAUUGAACCACCCAACGGCAACGCACCCUCCAUGCCACAGAAGGGCCUGUUCGAAAGCAACUCGCAAGUACCUCAUCCGCCGCCUCCCUCCGCCGUAGUACCAGCGCCAGCCGCCGCUCCACAGCCACAGCCUCUAGCGUCACGCUCGCCCACUCCACUAGCAUCCGAAGUUCUCACACCCUAUGCGUCGCCUUGCCCUUUUCCACUAGCCUCGCUGGGUGUCAUUCAGUGGUGGUCCCCGCCUCGCACUCCGCUGGCGUCAGAAGUUGUCACACCAGGGGCGUCGCCUUCUCUAGCUCCACCCGCACCGCCUGUUGUCACGCCGCUGGCAUUACCUCCGCCAAUGCUGCUUAUUCCAUCCAAGAAGCGAAAGCGUGAAGAUGUAGCCUCCGAGGCAAAGGCUAGUCCUCCUCCUAAGAAGAGCUUUACCGAAUAUAUGAAAGAGAAGAAGGCAAAGGCGGAGAAGGCGGCAGCGGAGACGAAGGCCGUCGAAAGUAGUGGUAAGAGUGCUGCAGGAAACACCCUGGGUUCCACCGAAACUGUCACUGCCGCCUCUACCAGGAAAACUCUUCCAUAUCCGGAGAAUGAGGUUGAUUGGGAAGGUGGCGAGAUCCAGUAG